UAUAAAAUGAAGUAAUUAUAUAAAGUUCACAAUUACAAUAUACAUAAUGGAUAUAUACAGAUGAUUACUAUAACUAGCUUAUAUCUAUAAUAGGCCCUUGAGGCAUUGUACCAAGGAUGCUGGCGGCAUUUCCUCGUUGUAUCGCAAUACUGAUACGUUGUGCGAGGAAGCCGCCAGCUCUUCGGUCACCAGUUACGUCAACCAGAGGAUUUCUCCAAAAAACUUGUGCGCGCUGUGGGACCCCAUGGACCUAGAGUUUCAACGCCAAAUGGUACAAAAUGGUACUCUCUACCGAGGCUCUUAUAUUUAUUACGUUUCAAAAUUUCGGCGCUUUCCGCCGCUGCGCCCGCUUUUACCUUAGUCCGUUGGAGGUGGGACGGUGCCAGUGUGUCUACGUAUGUAGCAUCCCACACUAACAUCCGUCCUAAGCUCCAAGGUACCAAGGACACCCCAUCAGGCCUCUUGCCAUCAUCCCUGAUAAUGCCAGUCGGCUCAAGAAGAGCAGGCACAUUAUAUAAAACCUAGAAAAAUUAUCAACAAAUAUAGGACUAUUAUAAUUUUUGUGUAUCAGCCAGUAGGUAAAGUGGUCACUUUAUUAAGCUUAUGAAAAUUAAGCUUCACGUUGUCCAAGUUUUUCAGCUGUCAAUUUACGCUCCAUUGCAAUAAAUCUCUAAUGCAAAACAACCAUUUCUAACAAUCACUAGAGAAGGGGCGCGCGGUAUUUAAGCAUGGAGAAAUGCUCUCACCGCAUCCACUCACCUGAGUCCUUCCGACAACACAUCAUGGCAGCCAAGCUGAUCGUUGUGGCGACCGCCCUCGCCCUGUGCCAGGCUACCCCGGCCCUAUACAACGGUUUUCUAUACCGUGAUGGUCGGAACUUCGCAAUCAGCAAGGCGUACAGCAACAACCUUGGUAGCCAGGCCUCCGGAGAAGUCUCGGUGAGCGACGGCUCCGCGCAAGCCUACGGCAGCGCCUCCGGCAACCAGCCCGCACUGGCUGACCUUGUUUACCCCACCCAGGCCAACGCCCAGGCUGAGCUCUACAACGCCCCUGCCGUCCCCGUCUACGGAUCUGCUAAGGCUGUAGCUGAAGCUCAGAACGGCGGCGCCAUUUUCUAUGCUCCCGCUCCCGCCACCAUCGUCUCUUAUGAGCAAAACUUUGUUCCCGCUGAGAUCAGCUACGCAGUCCCGGUCGCUCAGUCUGCGCAGUCUACUGCUUCGAUAAACGAUGGCAGCGACUCUUCAAUCGCUUCGGCUUCAUCCAAUGGCGCUGGAUCCGCUACUUCGUCCGCUCGCACCCAAGGAAUCGGCAGCUACAAGACUUCUAGCAACGCCAACACCUAUGGCUCUGGCUUUGGAUCAGCCUCCUCGAACGCCAACUCGGGUGUCGGCUCGGCCAUCACUGCCGCCCGGACUCAAGGCUUGAGCAAUGGAUACAGCUCUGCCAUUUCCCAGGCUGAUGGCGGUCUGGCGAACCGUGCCACCGCUGACGCUCAAUCUAACGAAGGGUACGGAUCUGCCUCUUCUACUGCCAACAACGCUCAAGGCUCCGCUAUCAGCUCGGCUAAGACUCAAGGCUACACCGGCUCGGCUGCCUCCGACGCAUCCGUGAACACCGGAUACGACAGUGCAAAAGCUGCCGCUAAAGUCGCACCUACGCCCCAGAAGAGGAUUCACUGGCGCUUCGGAACCCUCUACGGCACUCCUUCUCACAUCAACACCCGCGCUCAGGCUAACGCUAACGGCUUCAACGCUGCCAAAUCCACCGCUGACGUGCACCAGGCUGGCUCCGCACACUCCGCCGCCAACACUUACGGCUCGGACGGCUCCGCCAACGCCAACGCCAACGUGAACGGAGGCUACGGCUCAGCCAACUCCGAGGCCAACACUCACGGCUCCGGUUUCGCUAAGAGCACCGCCAAUACUCAAGGAUACGGCUCCGCUCAGUCUCAGGCCAACACUCACGGUGCCGGCUUCGGCGCGGCCAAGUCAUCUGCCAACACCGGUUACGGUUCUGCCAACGCUAACGCUGAUGUCAACGGAGCAGCUGGUUUUGCGAAAUCCGCAGCCAACAACGGCUUGGGUUACGGAUCAGCUAUUUCUUCAGCCAACACCAACGGUGGCUCGGCGCACGCUAAUGCUAGAAUCAACUAAGUCAACAAAUCAGCAAGUACAGCAAGAUGACUCCUAACUUAUCUUGAUGUAUUGUGGAACUAGUGAAAUUUAAUUUAUUCUAGUUUUAAGUUAUUUAUUUGAUAGCUUUAAGGAUGAUUGCAGUGGUGAAAUAAAAGACUUUCGUUUA